CCCCUCCCUACCCCCACCCCCCGUUCCAAACCCAUGCUCCUCCUCUGCCUCGGCCUCUCCCGCUCCGGCACCGACUCCCUCCGCAACGCCCUCAUCCUCCUAGGUUACGCCCCCGUCUACCACGGCUUCGAAGUCCCCACUUCGGAAAACCCUGCAAUCAGUCGGGCGUGGACGGAACUCGGGAGGAAGAAAUUUUCGAGGAAAAAAGAAGAAGAAAUCUCAAAAGAGGAGUUUGAGGGGUUGCUUGGAGGGUAUGUGGCGGUGACGGAUUUGCCGUGUGGGUGUUUUGGGGAGGAGUUGCUCACGGCGUAUCCCGACGCAAAAGUCAUUCUCAAUUAUCGGGAUGUUGAGGGGUGGUAUGAAUCGAUCGGGAAUACAUUCGGGAAAUACAUGAACACGUGGGAAUUCCAAUACCUGUCGUAUUUCGACGGUUCGUUGUAUUGGUUGCAACAGGUGUUUGUGAUGUACGAGCGAGGAUUUUUUCGGGGCUCGAUUUUGGGGAAUGGGAAGAGGGUUCAUGCGGAGCAUUAUGCGAGGUUGAGGGAGGUUUUGAAGAGGGAGGAUCGGGGGUUUUUGGAGUGGAGGGUUCGGGAUGGGUGGGUGCCGCUUUGUGGGUUUCUUGGGAAGGAUGUGCCGGAUGUGGAGUUUCCGAGUGGGAAUACGCCGGCGCAGAGUGCUGAGAGGGGGGCGAGAGUGAGGAAGCGGGCGACCGAGAGGGCGUAUAGGAAUUUGGCUGUUAUUUCUGGUGGGGUGGUUACCUGCGUUGCCGUGCUCAUUGCUUUGCUGUGUCUUCCAACUUCAUAG